AUGCCACAAGACAAAAGAAUACGUAAAAAUACUCAUGUUGCCGAUACUAUCUGUGAAGAUAUGAAUGAUAUUGCAACUGAAACAAAAUAUUUAUUAAUUGAAGCAAGAUUCAAUUUAACUUUACUCAUUGCUUGUAUAUUAUUAUUAUCUUUAAUAUCAAUUUUAUUAUCAACAUGGGUUGCUAAAACAAUAACAAAUAGUCCAACAUCAUUAAGUACAGUUUUUAGUUAUUAUUUUGGUUUACAUCGCAAUAAUACUGAACAAUAUGUCACAUGGUGGACACCAGUCCAUAUUACAUCAAAAGAAUUAAUAUCACAAGAUUUUUCAAUUAAAACUAUUAAUACAACAAUAAAAACAGUUCAAGUAAAAAUUCAUUAUAAUGAAUAUUCAAUAUUUUAUACGAUUAUUUUACCAUUUCUUUUUGUUUGUGCAAUUUUUCUUGCUAUACUUGCUUAUUAUGCACGUGCUCAAUGUACAAAACAUGAUUUUGCUUGGGGUAUUAUACCAAAACUAUCAUUAGAAAAUGUUGAUCCAAUGAUUGUGAAAAAAUCUAUUAUUAAAACAAGAGAAGUUGAGUCAAACAUUGAUUAUAUUAUUGUACAAGGAACAAAAGAAAAAUCUGUUAUGUUCACAUUAGCAGAUAAACUUCAACCAUUAUAUGAAGAAGGAGAUAUUAUUGAUGAAGGAACUCAAUAUGAACUAGAAGAUAUUCUAAAAUAA